AUGGAGAAAAAACAUAUCUCCUUAGUUUUAACUUUCAUUUCCCUGUUCCUUCUUACUUCAUCAUCACAUUCAUAUUUGAUCCUUGAUAAUUUCAUUGAAUGCUUUUCACAUGAUUUUCCAUUGUCUACUACAUCGCUGGAUGUUAUACAUACUCCAAGCAAUUCCUCUUACUCAUCCCUCUUGGAAUCUCCGAUCAGAAACCUAAGAUUUCUCACUUCCACUACCCCUAAACCACUAGCUGUCAUAACACCUUCCACUUAUGAUCAUGUCCAGGCCACAGUUACGUGUUGUAGAAAACAUGGAGUACAAAUUCGAACACGAAGUGGCGGCCAUGACUACGAGGGCCUGUCCUAUACAUCUAACGUUCCUUUCAUCAUACUUGAUCUUGUAAACCUUAGAGCAAUAGAUGUCAACUCGGAGGAAAACAGUGCAUGGGUUCAGUCUGGAGCUUCCCUUGGCGAAUUGUAUUAUUGGAUUUCGCAGAAAAGCCCAAGCCAUGGCUUUCCAGCUGGAAUUUGUCCAACAAUUGGAGUUGGUGGACACUUCAGUGGAGGUGGCUAUGGUACCAUAUCAAGAAAAUAUGGAUUAGCAGCUGAUAAUGUUCUUGAUGCAGUCAUAGUUAAUGCUGACGGGCAAAUUCUUGAUAGAAAAUCCAUGGGGGAAGACUUGUUUUGGGCAAUCAGAGGAGGUGGAGGAUCAAGUUUUGGAGUCAUAGUUGCCUGGAAAAUCAAAAUUUCCUAUGUUCCACCACUUGUAACAGUUUUUAGCCCAUCCAGGACUCUAGACCUAGGUGCUACUAAUCUUGUUUACAAGUGGCAACAAAUUGCAAACAAGCUCCCUGAAGAUUUAUUCAUCAGGUUAGUUAUAGUAGCGGAUGGAGAAGGAAAGAAUAGAACAAUUCGAGUUACUUUCAACUCAUUAUUCCUUGGGAGGACUGAUCAACUUCUCGAAGUAAUGAAAGAAAGUUUUCCUGAACUUGGUUUGAUAAAAGAAGAUUGUAGGGAGAUGAGUUGGAUUGAAACAAUACUUUAUUUUGACAAUAGAAAUGGGCAAACCAUAGAUGGCCUUAAAAAUAGGGUACCUGACCCAAAGGGUUUCUUCAAAGCAACUUCAGAUUAUGUGGAGGAACCAUUAUCUCAGGCAGCAUUAGAGAAGCUAUGGAAAUGGUGCUUGGAGGAAGAAAGACCUGCACUUAUUUUUGAACCCUAUGGAGGAAUAAUGGAUAAGAUACCAGAGUGGCAACUUCCAUUUCCCCAUAGAAAAGGUAAUUUGUAUAAUAUUCAGUACUUUGUACAGUGGAGUGUUGGAAGUAAUGAAGCAUCAGAAAGGCACAUAAAUUGGAUGAGAAGGUUGUAUCAACAUAUGACCCCAUAUGUAUCAAAAGGACCAAGAAGGGCGUACUUGAAUUACAGGGAUCUUGAUUUUGGUGUUCACAGUAAUAUUUCUGGUACAACUUACUCAGAAGCCAAAAAAUGGGGAGCCAAGUAUUUUAGCAAAAAUUAUAGGGCAUUGGCAUUCAUCAAGGGUAAAGUUGAUCCUGAAAAUUUCUUCAAUGAUGAGCAAAGUAUUCCACCCUUUAAGUGA